ACACAAAUUUACAUGAUGACUUUAGGCACAUUCUAGCUAUUAAUUGGACAGAAUAAUGACCACGUGUUUCACUGAACAGCCAAUCGUAGCGCAGAACAAUCAAACAACUGACGCAAACACGGAAAUCCAGAAGGAAAAGUAUCCUGGCACGGAGUGUAAUAAUUCUGCUUUAUGACUCUUCAAAAGUCUAAAAGCAGACAUUACACUCUGAAUACCUUGAAUAUUUAUUCUUUUUUCCCUGCAAUUUAUGGAUUUGCUGCAUCUUUUAUCAUGGACGUGCAUCGUGCUCACACUCGGGAUGUUCUCGACAGGACUGGUCGACCUGAAAAAGAUGCAGAAAACCAAGAGCACUGACAACAUCCAAUUUCUGCCUUUCCUCAUCACUUGCGCCAGCAACCUUGGAUGGUUAUACUAUGGGAUGCUCAAGAACGACAGUACGAUUAUGGUGGUUAAUCUUACGGGUGCUCUACUGCAGACUCUCUACAUCUUAGUGUACUUAAAGUACACCAAACAAAAGAGAGAUGUGGUGUUCCAAAUGGUCGCAGUUUCAGCAGUAGGGACCAGCGCAGGGUUGUACUUCGUGUUGUUUCUUCCUCCUGGCAGCAUCCAGCUCAAUCAGCUUGGCCUCUUCUGCAGUGUGACCACUGUGGGCGUGUACCUGUCACCGCUCGCCGACCUGGUGGCCAUAGUGCGCAGUGGUGAUGUGCAGCGCUUGUCCUUCCCUUUGACAGUGGCUACUUUCUUCACGUGCACUUCCUGGGUUUUGUACGGCUACCAGCUGAACGACUACUACAUCCUGGUCCCUAACCUUCCUGGAAUCAUCACCAGCAUCAUCAGGUUUUACUUGUUUCGAAAAUAUGCCUCCAGCGGCCCUUCAUAUAAAUCCAUGUACGUAUGACCGUGUCAUAGACUGUGUCACACAGAGUAUGUCUCGUGGUGUGACGGGUGGGAAUACGUUUACAUUCCAUGAAGUUACAUGAAAAGCAUUUAUUUUCCAAAGAUGUAUUUAAGAAUACAUUGAGGGAACUUCAGGUGUUUUGUAAAAUCUUUCCCCUCUAAGUGCCUUCUGGCGGAAACGAAUGAAUAUUAGAGACACACUGAAAAGAAAGAAAAAAGAACAAUUGAGGAAGACUAAAUCACAGUCAGAUUCUUAAGGGAACUAUUAAAUUAACUAUUAAAUCCUCUUUCAAAGAAUAAGAAUAGACAUCACUCUCACAAUAUGACUAUUUUUAUCUCAAAAGUAGUUUUAUUCACAAAAAGGUGAACUUAUUUUGGCAUGAAAAUUCAUUUUCUCAUAACGUUACUUAGACUUUAAAUAAUUAUAUUUUUCCUUUCCCUGUGUUUCUAAUAUUCAUUCGUAGUUUUUAUUUUAUUUUAUUUUUUUUUAUUCAAAGUGGCAUUUUCUGAGCUGCCGGCAUUUUCUAAUGUUACUAUAGAAUUGCAAUUUUCUUUAAUCCAAAGACUGUUAUUUACUGGCUGCUAUAUUGACUAUAGGGUACAUUGGUGGAGCAUUUCUUCUCUACUGUCGUCUGUCGAAAAAAUACUUUUCUACUUUAUUACCACUUGUGCCUGUCCUAAUUAGAUAAAAUAUCAAUGCAUAUAUGUCACAGUAAAUUAUAAUAUUUUUAAUGUGUAUUUCUAAUGCAUAUUGUUUACAUUGACUGUUUUUGCAAGCUUUUUGAACAUGUUCGAAAAAAGUGCAAAUGGACCUAAGAAUGAAGGUUGUUUAUAUGUCAAUAAAAGAUGACAAAUUGCUAAGUUUUGUCGUCUUAAAUGAUGUAAUAAAACUAUCAGUAUGCUGCGUUUUGUGAUAAUGAAGGGAACAAAAAGAUUAUGACGAUACUGUACUGUAUCUCAGCACAACCAAGCAUGGUGAACUGCAACCACAGUAAGAUCAUUUCAAGCGGCCCUUAAUGCAUUCUAAUGGCUGUUCCAUCAAAUUACUGCAGAUAGUCAUAUUAUUUGUGGUAAUGGAAUUUUGGCUUGAAAUGAAUCCUGAUUUAAGGAUUUCAAGCGGCAUGUCAUGCAUUAUCAGAACUUUUCCAUCAUGUGAGCGAGUGCAUGUGACACUUCUAAUUGUCAGCUGAUUUUAUGUUAAAAUCAAUCUUGAUUUUGGGACAUAACUUAUGCACUAUUUUGCCUAUUUUGGCAUCAUUUUGCAAAUGGUCAUAUGUGGUUCAAGCAUGUGUCUGUAUCCUGGC